GCUUCGAUUACUAGCUACUUUUGAUGUUGAGCGUUCAUUGGAAUGAAUUUAACUUCGUAAAUCUCAGAACUAAAACUUUCCCGCUAUUCUUUUAUUUUUCAUUUUUUGCAGUAUUUGUAGAUUGUGUUGAUCUGUAGUUUUAUUAGCAAGAUUUACGCUAGAUUAUCGCUAACUCCUUUUGCUUAAUUAUUUAUGAUUUGCGAAUUUAGGAAAAACAUAGGUUUGAGUUCGAGCUGCAUUCGAAAUCUCUCGUUCGAGCUUAGAUUUUGCUUUGCCUUUCACAUACUAAACCCUUAAUUGACGUUUUAGCCACUUUUUCUACUGAUUAGUGACUUGUUCUUCUGCAAAUCUUAAUAAAUUAUUUUCAUCUCGUUAGCGUACUUGACCUAAUUCACUCGCCAAAUUUGAAAAUGAUUUGUUGCUAUUAAAAGUUACCUACUAUAUCUCAGUGGUGAAUGGAUACCGGAGGCAAUUCUUUGCCGUCUGGAGCCGAUGGGGUCAAACGGAAAGUGAGCUAUUUCUACGACCCAGAGGUCGGGAAUUAUUACUAUGGGCAAGGUCACCCGAUGAAGCCUCACAGGAUGCGCAUGACGCACGCGCUUCUUGCACAUUACGGAUUGUUGCAGCAUAUGCACGUUCUGAAGCCGAAUCCUGCUAGGGACAAAGACCUUUGCAGAUUUCAUGCUGAUGAUUAUAUUUCUUUUCUGAGGAGCAUCACACCGGAGACACAACAGGAGCAGCUCAGGCAGCUGAAGAGGUUUAAUGUUGGCGAAGACUGUCCUGUAUUUGACGGUCUCUACUCGUUCUGCCAGACUUAUGCGGGUGGGUCGGUUGGUGGUGCCGUGAAGCUAAAUCAUGGACAUUGUGAUAUAGCAGUGAAUUGGGCUGGUGGGUUGCAUCAUGCCAAGAAAUGCGAGGCUUCUGGUUUUUGCUAUGUGAAUGACAUUGUGUUGGCUAUCUUAGAACUUCUAAAAGUUCAUGAGCGUGUUCUGUAUGUAGACAUUGAUAUUCACCAUGGUGAUGGAGUUGAGGAGGCAUUUUACACUACAGACAGGGUGAUGACCGUUUCUUUUCAUAAAUUUGGUGAUUAUUUUCCUGGUACAGGCGAUGUACUAGACAUUGGAUAUGGAAAGGGAAAAUAUUACUCUCUUAAUGUUCCCUUAGAUGAUGGAAUUGAUGACGUAAGCUAUCAGUCUCUGUUUAAGCCAAUAAUGGGAAAGGUUAUGGAGGUUUUUAAACCUGGUGCUGUAGUAUUACAAUGCGGGGCAGACUCUCUGUCUGGAGAUCGGCUAGGAUGCUUUAAUCUCUCCAUCAAAGGUCAUGCUGAGUGCGUAAAGUUUAUGAGAUCAUUCAAUGUGCCUCUACUGUUGUUGGGUGGUGGUGGCUACACUAUACGUAAUGUUGCUCGUUGCUGGUGUUAUGAGACAGGUGUAGCACUUGGUAUGGAACUUGAUGACAAGAUGCCACAACAUGAGUACUAUGAAUAUUUUGGCCCUGAUUAUACUCUGCAUGUUGCUCCAAGUAACAUGGAAAAUAAAAACUCCCGCCAUUUACUGGAAGAGAUCAGAUCAAAGCUUCUUGAGAAUCUCUCGAGCCUUCAGCAUGCACCAAGUGUCCCAUUUCAGGAGCGGCCACCAGAUAGUGAAAUGCCAGAGAUGGAAGAAGAUCGUGAUGGAGAGGAUGAGAGAUAUGACCCCGACUCUGACAUGGAUCUUGAUGAUGAACGGAAGCCUCUACCAGGCAGAGUGAAGAGUGAAUUUUCUGAACCCGAACCAAAAGACAUGGACGUGGUCAAAGAGGAUGAGCCGAAUAGGGAAGUUGACCUGAAAUGCUCCGAGCCUCUUGCCUAAAAGAUAUUACACUACCUCGUCCAUGCCACACUGUAAGUGAUUUUGGUGAAAUUCUCGAUAUGCUUCAUUUCGUAAUUUUAUAGAUCACGUCAGGGAUUCAGUCAUGAAUUUGCAUCUGUACAACUAGGAUUACUUGUAAAUUUAUGCAAGCAUAGCAAUCCUCCUCUUGAGAGGCUGAGGAUGAAACAUUUGUGAUAAUGAUUAUGUUAUUACUUUGUUUAGUUGUUUAAAA